AUGUCAUCCUCAGCCCGCCGCUUGAUGAAAGAAGCAGCCGAACUCUCCUCCUCCCCAUCCCCCCAUUUCCACGCCCACCCCAUCUCCGACAACCUCUACGACUGGCACUUCACGCUCUCCGGCCCUCCCUCCUCCCCCUACGCAAACGGCAUCUACCACGGCCGCAUCAUCCUCCCACCAACCUACCCCCUCCGGCCGCCCUCAUUCCGCUUCCUGACCCCCUCCGGCCGCUUCGAAGUCAACCGCGAGAUCUGCCUGAGCAUUUCAGGUCACCAUGAGGAAACAUGGCAGCCGGCGUGGGGGAUCAGGACGGCGCUUAUAGCUAUUCGCAGCUUUAUGGAGGGCGAUGCGAAGGGGCAAUUAGGUGGGCUGGAUGUUGAUGAUAGGGUGAGGAAGGAGUGGGCGGAGAAGAGUCGGGGGUGGCGGUGUGAGGUUUGUUCUGGGCGUUUGAAGACGAAUGAGGAGAUACUGCAUGAGUGGAGGGAGUAUUGUAGGGAGAAGGGAGUUGUGGUUGAUGGGCAGGGAGGGGAGGUGUUAGUUUCUUCUGGUGGUGAUGGGAAGGAAUCUUCCUCACGAUCUGAUGGGGAUAAUGAUAAAGAUGGUUCAAAUUCAGGUCUGUCACUGGAUGAAAACUCACCUGCAGGAGUUGAUGCAUGCGCCAUUUAUUCAAAUGCAGUGUCAUCGUCAAUAUCGACAUCGACGUCGACAUUGUUGUCAAGGGAUCCUCGUCCUGAUUCAACCACAAUAUCAGAUUCAAAUCCCACCUCGAAUCUAGUUCCGGAUCAAAAUCAGAAUCAGAACCAAAACCAACCCUCAAACAUCUCUUCUGCCCAUCAGUUCCCUCAACAACAGCAACACCAGCAGCCCUUUCCGAUCCCUCAACAGCAACAAUCCACCAGCGAACCCUGGCUUGAUCGAGCCAUCAUGGGCGUCACGGCUACCCUUGUCUUUAUGAUUCUGCGAAGGAUCCUGAAUUCCUAUUACGAUGACUACGUCUGA